AGUAUCAGGCUUCUUGGCCUAACAGCAACAAAGAGACUGGUUGCCUUCUUUUUUUUCAGUGUCACAUUUCUAGUAUUCAUUAAGGGAUCAAAUCACAUCAGAGUGAAAUUAACACUUAAGGUGUAAAACAACCCAAGAGUGGAUGUUAAUAACCAAAGUUAUGCCUUUAAACAUGGAGAAUAAAACUGUCCCAAAAAACUAUUCCAGUGUGGUGAGCAUUUCACACAGCCAGUGUCCUCUUCCAUCAGUAGAAUAACAGAAACACUGUGGAAAUAUUAACAUUGUAGCACUUGGAGAAAAAAAACUUGGCAUCAUAUCAAACGGCUAAAAACAAUGGCAUAGGAGCAGGGGGGACAUGUCCCCCCAGUGUUAGAAGCAGAUACAGUCCGCCCCUCCCCCAAUACUAAGAACCCUGCAAACAUUUUAAACAUUUUAAACUCACACCUAUGUCCUUGGCUUCAAUAUCCUAGUUAAAAAUCACAUCUAACCCAUAACAGGAUCAAGCACUCAGCAGCCAGCACGUGCAGAAUGUUGCCUCAGAUACUUGGACCACUGACACCCCCAUUCCAGGGGUGCACUCACAGGAAGGUGUAGAAUUCCAGCCCUGCAUUCUACAUCAACUCCCCUUCUGAGAAGGAAGGUUCAUCGCCGCAGUUUCCCUCGCCCCAGUUAGAUAGCGAGGAAGGCAAGAACCAUGGUGGCAGUGGACCUCCAACGGCUGUCAGAAGAAGGGCUGUGCUACCAACAACUGCAUCGGCCCUCCGUUGAAGGUGGGGUGAAACACCAACUACGUCGACCCUCGGUCGAGCCUGAGCGACGCCAUCAGUCGCGUCAACACUCGGUGCCAGCAGGUCACCACGAGCUGCGUUGGCCAACCACGGCACGACACACGAGCUCGAGCAAAGGCAUGCCACAAAACCGUCCCCAGCAAACUCGAAAGAAGCUCCAAGUUAUCAUCUGCGUCCUGAUAGUGGAGCUGUUUGAGAGGUUCACAUUUUUUGGGAUCGUGUGUAACAUGAUCCUUUUCUGUACGGUGAAGCUGGGCUAUGAUUACUACCAGGCUGCUACUGUUAACCUGUGUUUUGUGGGGGCCAGCACGCUCACUCCUGUGCUGGUCGGAUGGUUCGCCGAGACCUGCCUCGGAAGGACGAAGGUGCUUUACUUGUGUGCUCUGCUCCAUCUCUUUGGUACAGCGAUGCUUCCAGUGGUGGCGUUCCCGUUCGAGGACUUCUACAUCGACACACACAACAUGCUCCACCAGCUGGAGCCCCACGAGCAACAGACCCUGUUCUACACCGGCCUACUGGCAGCUGCUCUGGGCAUCGGGGGCAUCCGGGCCAUCCUGUGCCCCAUGGGGGCAUACAACCUACAGGGCUACGACCAGCACCAGUUACUUUCCUUCUUCAACUGGUUCUACUGGCUGGUGAACCUGAACUCGACGGUGGUGUUUCUCGGUAUCGCCUACAUCCAGCAGUCCGUUGCCAAUAACCUGGGCUUCCUGAUCCCCUUCAUGUCGGUGCUGCUGAUGAUCAUCGCCAUACACAUGGUCCGCAACAACCUCACCUUCAGGCCAAAGAAAGGCGGUUCCCUGCUGAACACCCUGGGUGUAUUCCUGAACUCUCUGAAGAUGUGCUGCCUCCAUUAUCGGCACCUGAGCGGAGACGUGGCCAGCUGGCUGGACCGGGCCAAGGAGAACAAUGGGGGGCGCUACAGCGAGACGCACGUGGAGAACGUCAAGGUCCUGGUCAGGCUGUUCCCCCUGUACGGUCUGCAGCUGUUGUACCGAGCCUGCGUCACUCAGAUUCCUUCAGGUUACUACAUCCAGACCAUGAACUCUAACCUGCACCUGAACAGCUUCCUGCUGCCCAUUGCGGCCAUGAACGUCAUCAGCAUCCUGCCCCUGUUGCUCCUAGCUCCUCUCAUGGAGUGUGUCACCUCCUGCUGCCUGUCCAUGGAGAAAAGCACUUUCUCCCCCGCCAGAGUAAUUACGCUGGGUCAUGCGUGUGCAGCCCUGUCUGUCCUGGUAGCAGGCCUGUCAGAGGUCCACAGGAAGGGCUUUCCCCUGAAGGAUCAGGCCCUGUCAGGAAAGGUCCUCCAGGUGUCCUCCAUGGCCUGUUUCCAUCUGGCUCCCCAGUACAUCCUGCUGGGGCUGGCAGAGGCCCUCGUCACCCCAGCCUGCUCUCUGAUUUCGUUCCACCUGACGCCUAGUCAUAUCAGAGGCAUCUCCCUGCACUUCCUCACCCUGUCCUAUGGAGGGGGCUGUUUCCUGGGAGCCCUACUCACUCAGCUUGUCUAUCUUCUCUCUGGAGGUAACUUCUACCCCAACACACUGCAUGAAGGGAAUCUGGAGCAUUUCUUCUUCUUCUUGGCCACGUUGAUGGCCAUCAACACUCUAGUUUUCUGGAGGAUAUCUUACAGGUAUCUAGACUUGAGCGUGGUUCAGAGUAGAGCAGUGGGAAACAGCCUUCUGGCAGAGAAGCUCCUGCAGUACAAGACCUGCCUGCGGUUCUACGACACCAUGGAAUGUUCUUACAGAAAAACCUCCUUAGAAACAAUUUUGUGACUUCCAGACUUUGUGUCCUGUAACGCUGGCGUUACGUUUGUGUUAUUUAUAUACUACAUGCAGUGUGUUAUUCCCAUUGACAGUUGUUUUAUUUAUGUACUACAUGUAUUGUGUCUUAUUUCCAUUGACAGUU